CGCAAUAUUUAAUACGUUCUAUCUACAUGUCUUAAAAGCCAUAGCAUCGGCUAUUCGUAGGCACUAAACACUAUUCACCCACCCCCUAAGCCCCCUACUCCUUAUCUCCACUCAUUUCCUUUUUUAGUUUUAAAAUGGGCUGAAUUUUGAUAGGUUUUUCUCAGAGGGGGGUGUAAUUGCAAAAAACACAAAAUUACACACACUUCUUUUUUUUUUUUUUAUUAUCAUUAUGAAGGUUUCUGAGAUUUGGGUUUGCUGCUUUCUGGUUGCCACUGCUUUGCUUGUCUUUAUCUUCUUCAACGGCUCUUCUUUCCCUAAUAUGGAGUUUCCCCAAAAUGGUGAUGUUAUUAGUGUAACAAGAGCAAGUAGGAAGCUGAAGGGGAAUGGCUAUGAUCCGACCGCUGUAGACCUAGAAGAUUACAGGCAUCGUAUUGAUCCCGUUCCGAGCUCAAAGGCAUCAAUAAAGCCUGGUCCUAUUGAGCAUGGUACUCCCCUUAAUCCAUACAUACCAAAACCACCCUCGCCACCAAAUCAUCCCAAAAGUGAUAAUGGUUCCACUUAGCCAUCAUCUAAAUCCAGACUAUAACUUCAAGUUGCUUAUGUAUGAAUGUGUUUUGUCAUGAAAUAACAACCUUAUUUAUAUGUUUUUCUAA